UCACGAACCUUCCCUUUCUCUCUCUCAAUAUCAGAGGAGACCAAACCCCCAACCCUCAAAAUCGAUAGAACCUCUCGAGAGACCAUCCAACAUCCUCUUCUUCUCUUAAAUCAAAACCUAUAAAAGAAACCUAAUUUCAAACUCUUCCCUCUCUUCGAUCCUCCGUUUCGUGUUUCUUUUCACUGAUUUUCCCUCCAAUUCCACCGGAUUUUUCCCUUUCCGAACCCUAGAUCUACCGAUUUUUUCGUUGAUUUCUUAUUGGAAAUUGGGAUUUUUUGGGAUCUAAAUCUAUAUCUUUAUUGUUAUACACUCCUAUUAACGAUUACGAACUGAGACUUUCUGCGAUUUACUAAAACGUAGAUCAAUUAUUAAUCUUGGUUUGGGAUUUUGAUCCAAUUAGGUUUAGCUUGUGGGUUAAUUAAAUCAAGGGAUUUAUUGGGGUUUAUUUGAGGGUGAGGAACACAGGGAAUGGCGGAACAAGGUGGCUUGGAAGGGAGCCAGCCAGUGGACCUAUCCAAGCACCCGUCUGGCAUAGUUCCCACUCUUCAGAACAUUGUAUCCACAGUCAACCUUGACUGCAAGCUUGAUCUUAAGCAAAUAGCGUUGCAAGCUCGUAACGCCGAGUACAACCCUAAGCGUUUUGCUGCUGUGAUCAUGAGAAUUAGGGAGCCAAAGACUACAGCUUUAAUUUUUGCCUCUGGCAAGAUGGUGUGCACGGGAGCCAAAAGUGAACAACAGUCGAAACUGGCGGCUAGGAAGUAUGCUCGAAUCAUCCAGAAGCUUGGAUUUCCUGCUAAGUUUAAGGAUUUCAAGAUUCAGAAUAUUGUUGGUUCAUGCGAUGUUAAGUUCCCAAUCAGACUUGAAGGCCUGGCAUAUGCUCAUGGUGCUUUUUCAAGUUAUGAACCUGAACUUUUCCCUGGGCUGAUAUAUCGAAUGAAACAGCCAAAGAUUGUACUCCUUAUUUUUGUAUCGGGAAAAAUUGUGAUUACUGGAGCAAAGGUACGAGAUGAGACAUACACAGCAUUUGAGAAUAUAUAUCCGGUUCUCACAGAGUUCAGGAAGGUUCAGCAAUGAUAAGAUUAUACGAGGUUGCUGGCCAUUAACGAAUAUUAUGAAAGGAAAUCCAUCGGUGGUGUGAUAAUAAUGGCGGAGGUGGGAUGCAAGUGUGAAUAUAUGUAAAGCAGUUUCCAGCAAUUGGAUUGUAAGCUGUGGGUAUAUUCUACAGGGUUCAAUGUUCAGUCAAUUGGUCGAAGCAGUACGUUGCCUAAGGGUGGUGGAAUGUGGCUCUUAUUUGUUUUGUAAUUGUCACUGCGUUUUAUGGGAUUUGGAAAUAGCCACAAACCAAAGUACAUUCGCAUUGAUUCAGUGUAAAAGCAGUUACAAUUAAAUUUUGUAACGUGAAGCUUGUCAUGAACAUGAUAAUAAGACAUUCCAUGAUUUUAUGGGUUAAAUGAAAUUUGUUGUUUUGUCA